CAUAUAAAAAGGUUUAUAGUUUAUAUCGCCGCUUUCAUUAUAUUAUUUUCCGAGAUGAGUGGUGCUGGGUACCCAUAUCCACCACAAUAUCAUCAAGGGCCGCCGCCGGUGAUGCUGCCGCCGCCUUAUUACCCUGCCCAGCCUCCGCCGCGGAGAGAAGGGGGAUUUUGUGAGGGGAUACUUGCUGCUUUGUGUUGUUGUUGCCUCAUCGAUGAGUGUUGUGGGGAUCCCGGCUUCUUUUGUUUUUGGUGAUGGAUACAUUUAUUUUAACACCAGAGUUUGACACUAUUUUGUACCACCAGACACAUCAAUCAUCAAUGUAGAAUCUCGGACGUUCGUGACAGAUGUCACGGUCAGCACCUCACCGCUGCCCGAAAACCAACUCCCACCGUCCGGUCCCCAAGAACGGCUACAUCGACGGCCCAAUCCCUGCCCGUAAAAUUCCCGGUCAGAUCUCCCCGCCUUUAUAAUGCUCGAUCCCCUCCCGCAUUCACUUGCACAAAUCGGUUCGAAGUUCAAACCCUAGACACGACUUCUUACACCCUCUUCGAAUUCAAUUUCACAAUCCGUAUGCUCAAAUAUUUAUACGGCGCGCGCGUAUAAAUACGUUCUUGGCCGGUUCUUGGGCGGAAGGUAGUGUUUUCCGGCGGGCGCCGUACAUUUGGGCGGUUGGGAUUCAUGUUUCGACCUGCAAUUGAUGGCGGACGUGGCUUUGCGCGGCCGUGACGAACUGAAUUGGACUCCAAUUUGCGAUUCUGCUGGUAAAUUCAUGGGGAAAGCCUCACACUCGCGAGCUCAUUUGAACCCCAACGCCAAUUCGAAUCCCAAGAAGAAACAGAAACACUUGCAGCGGCCAGUUAACUGUUCCACCCACAAUGAUGACGCCUAUUCCUUCAAUCAGCCACCUAAGGGAUCGAAUGGGGUCAGUCUUGGUGGGAGCUAUCUGACUUACAAUGUCCAGUCGUACACGAAAUCGGAGCUCGUUGAGGUUCGGAUGAGACUGAUGGCUGAUCUUGAGCAGGUCCGGAACCUCAGAGAUCGGAUUGAGUCGGGUCAAUUCAGCACCUGCACUACCAAUCCAAGAACUCAAGGGAAGUCUAAGAAAUUAUCUGGGAAUAGGGAGUUAUCGAAUGGUUAUAGUGAUAUGAAUGUUGGUGUCAUUCGUGGUGACAUAGGUGUAGUUGAGAUGGAGAAUAUGAUGAAGACUUGUAGGCAAAUAUUAGCGAAGCUAAUGAAGCAUAGACAUGGCUGGGUUUUUAACACUCCAGUAGAUGCAGAAGGACUGGGUCUUCCUGAUUAUCGCCAGAUCAUUAAGAGGCCAAUGGAUUUAGGGACUGUGAAAUCCAAUUUGCAAAAAAAUCUUUAUCCAACUCCAGUUGAAUUUGCUGCUGAUGUGAGGCUCACUUUUAAUAAUGCCUUGCUGUACAACCCGAAAACAGAUGAUGUUCAUGGAUGGGCUGACCUUCUUCUAACUAGAUUUGAGGAGUUAUUCAGACCUAUAGAAGACAAGCUUUCCAAAUUUGAGCCGGAAAGAAGGGUAUUUCAGGGCAAUGACGAGCUCCAUAGCAGCUAUUUGAAUCACAUUUCAGUGCCUGAGAUUUCUAAGAAGCCAUAUGCUACUCCAAUUCCUCAGGUUUUUAAGAAGCAAGAGAUCUCACAAAGUCAAACCAGUGCUUCAACACAUUCAGUUCCACCUCCUCAUGUCCACCAGCAAUCCCAUGGGAUGCCUGUUCCAGAGAGUGGGUCAAUGGGAAAACAACCCAAGCCAAGGGCUAAAGAUCUAAACAACAAGAGGGAGAUGACUAUGGAUGAAAAACAUAAACUUGGAUUUGGGUUGCAGAAUCUACCUGAAGAGAGGAUGCCACAGUUGUUGCAAAUUAUAAGAAAGAGAAAUGAGCAUAUGGCUCAAGAUGGUGAUGAAAUUGAGCUGGACAUUGAGGCUCUGGACACAGAAACACUCUGGGAGCUUGAUCGCUUUGUAACCAAUUGUAAAAAGGCAGAGAGCAAGACAAAAAGACAAGCUUUGGGUGAUUAUAAUUCAACCCAGAAUACAUCCAAUGCUGAGACUGAUCAGGCUAAUUUGGUGGGUAAGAUUGAUUCAGUGGAGAACCCUAGAGUGGUUGAAUUUGGGGAAGAAGAUAUUGAUAUAGGUGAUGAUAUACCUGCAUCCAGCUUUGCCCCUGUUGAAAUUGAGAAGGAAGAUGUUGCUGCUGUCCGGGAGCAUGACAACCAUAGUAGUAGCUCUUCCAGUGAUUCAUCGUCAUCUAGUGGUUCUGAUUCAGGAAGUUCUUCAAGUAGUGAUUCUGAUCCCGAUGAUGCACAGUCUUGACUCUUCUACUCUGAUCAGUCUUGUAUUUGCAGCUUGAGCAUUGUGUUUGCUUCACUAUGUUGUUCCUUCACUAAGUAUGUGUUAUCCAACAAGGAUGAACUUUUCUCCAGGAGAUGUAAGUGAGAGAACCCAAUGUUUUGAUUAGCCUUUACUGAGUUGAAGAACUUUGCAGCGCAGCUGGAGUGUGAAACAAGUGUAUGGUUGGAGUAAAGCUCUAUUGUAUAA